CAAUCUGAGAGCCUACCUACAUAAGCACCUUUGUCAAUCAAUACUAAGUAUCAUAGGAGUCUACUCACCGAUGCUGUUUGAAGCUUAUCUUUAUAAGUACCGUAGCUACAUAUUCAAGUGGAGCCUCUGAUACAUAUUAUAGAUCGAGAAUAUGUAAGGUAGAAAUGCCCGGAUUCAAUGUCUAUCUUGGUUCUUCCAAGCUUUUCACAAACGAAGCAGUUCCGUCUACUUCCGUAGAGAGUCUUUAGAAUUGUGACCCAACCGCUUCUUCAAAAUGUCGGAAUUAUCGUCAACGACAUCAACGCUGGAUACUCCUCCAAGCCCACCCGAUGAAUCGACGGCGCUUCUCCCGAAGACGUCCCCGGCAGACGAACAGAGUCGAUCCCCGCAGUACUGGGAAUGGCUUUCGGAAAUCUGGCUCUUGACCAAGGCUGCGAUUCCAGUAAUUCUCGCCUAUACACUCCAGAACAGUCUCCAGACCAUUUCUGUCUUAAUUGUUGGUCGUCUUUCACCAGAAGCUUUAGCCACGGCGGCCUUCUGUUACAUGUUUGCAAUGGCUACAGGCUGGUUGAUUGCUAUGGGAGGUACAACCGCGCUAGAUACUCUCGCCUCGACAAGCUUUACCGGUUCGCAAGAUAAACACGAUCUUGGGAUCCUUUUGCAACGAGGAAUUGUCGUAUUAACUUUAUUUUACUGCGUGGUAGCUGUAAUAUGGGGUUUCUCUGAGCCCCUCUUCCGAGCGCUUGGGCAAGAAGAGUUUAUCUGCGUUGAAGGCAGCAAAUUUCUCCACAUCUUGAUACCGGGCGGACUAGGAUAUGUGUGGUUUGAAUCCAUGAAGAAGUAUUUGCAAGCGCAAGCAAUCUACCAACCUGGCACUUAUGUUCUCCUUAUCACCUCACCGCUCAACGCCCUGCUCAACUACCUAUUCAUUUACAAGUUGGACUUGGGUCUCUACGGCGCCCCUUUUGCUACGGGCAUUUCGUAUUGGAUUUCCUUCCUACUUCUCGUUGCAUAUGCAGCCUUCGUACGCGGUCACGAAUGCUGGGGUGGCCUUGCUCCUCGUCGUGCUCUCUCAAACUUGUGGCCGUUCGCGCGCCUUGCCGUCCUUGGAGUUGUUCACGUGGGUACGGAAUGGUGGGCGUUCGAGAUCGUCGCCCUGGCUGCCGGUAGACUAGGCACUAUCACGCUCGCCGCGCAAUCUGUCAUCAUGACGGCUGACCAGGUCAUCAACACAGUCCCCUUUGGCCUAGGCGUCGCUACCUCUGCCCGCAUAGGCAAUCUCCUCGGCGCGCAGAAGCCCCGCGAGGCAGCGCGUGCCGCUCAUUGCGCCGCCAUCUUGUCGGUAAUUCUCGGAACUGUUAUUCUUACUAUCUUGAUGAGCACCAAGGAUGUGUUCGGCAGGAUUUUCAACGACGAUGACCGUGUCGUCCGGCUUGUGUCGGACGUCAUGCCGUACGUCGCCUUGUUCCAGAUCGCGGAUGGACUUAACGGGAGCUGCGGCGGCGUGCUGCGAGGUAUGGGUCGGCAAUGGGUUGGUGCUCUCGUUAACCUGAUUAGCUACUACGGAGGAGCGCUGCCGGCGGGUAUUUAUCUUGCCUUCAACGGAUGGGGCUUACAGGGCCUGUGGGUCGGACAGUGUGUCGCUUUAUACCUUGUUGGAAUUUUAGAAUGGGUGAUAGUUGGGCUGAGCAAAUGGGACAAGGAGGUUCGUCGGGCGUUGGAUAGACUCGACCAUGGCGACGUUGCGGAUGACGGCGUCCACGGAACGGGGGAUAUUACUGCUCGAGUUGAAGUAUGAGCCGAGCUGCGAAAAGGGGUGAAAGCUAUCCCCCAACUAUUAGACGAAAACAGUAUCGGACCUAGGCCCGAUGAGGGCUCAUCAUCGGAAACAAGUCUGCGAUGUAUAUUUAAGAUUUAUUUAUCCAUAGAAUCAUUGAAAGAUACCGAAUCUUAAAAAGCAAGAGAUAUUCAGUUUA